AAAUCUGUACAAACAGUACAUUGAUGAGAUGAUCAUUCUACCUGGCAAGAAGACCAAAUCCAAAGAGUCCGCUAGUGGCCAGCUUGAGGACCAUCCAUUGAACCUGAACCCAGACAGUGAGUGGAGUGGGACAUUCCGGGACAAUGAGCAACUGAUCCAGAUUGACAAAGACUGCAGGCGGCUGUGUCCAGAUUUGUCAUUCUUCCAACAAGCCACAGACUUCCCAUGUGAAGAGCUGGUCCACUCAUCGUCAAACGUUGAAACUCUCCAUAAACGUGUGGAACAGUGUGUCCUGCAGUCGGAAACAGUAGCUAAAAACAGAAUGGGAACCUACUAUAAUACAGUGUCUAAGAAACGAACAUUGAAUGAACAGUAUGCGGUCCUGCCAGACGGGAAAGAGGCUCAUUGGGAGGUUGUGGAGAGGAUUCUGUUUGUCUACGCCAAGUUAAAUCCUGGCCUUGGAUAUGUACAGGGAAUGAAUGAAAUCCUAGGACCUAUCUACUACACAUUUGCCACUGACCCAGAUCAAGAUUGUAGAGAAUUUGCUGAAGCUGACUCUUUCUUCUGUUUCACCAGCUUGAUGGCGGAGAUCCGGGACUUCUUCAUCAAGACUUUGGAUGACUCCCAGUACGGCAUAGGCAGCAAAAUGUGCCACCUGAUGGAAUUGGUCAAGCAGUUCGACCGGCCUCUGUGGCAGAGUUUGCAGGAUCAGGAGCUAAAGCCCCAGUUCUAUGCCUUCCGGUGGAUCACACUGCUUCUCUCACAGGAAUUUGAGUUGCCUGAUGUCCUCAGGAUCUGGGACUCUCUGUUUGCGGACAGCAACAGAUUUGAGUUUCUUCAUUUUGUUUGCUGUGCAAUGUUGAUGUCAGUUAGAAAUGAGCUUUUAAGAGGGGAUUUUCCCAACAGCAUGAAACUAGUCCAGAACACGUCCUCAUCCAUUGACCUAGAACAAGUGUUAACCAAGGCUAGAGAACUGUACAGUAUGUAA